AUGCCUUCCAUCUGGAAAUUAUUUGUUACUGCCAAGUCAACUUCGAAACGGGGCAGCCCGGUUUUACCAGAAACUCUGGCUACUGCCGCAAGUGGCGUUGAACCCGGCUCAUCUAAUGAGACCCCCUCAUCUGAAGGUCCCGUUCUACUUCAGUCCAAUCCCACCACCGUGACGACGAGCGCGAGUGGUAAUGGCGCGCACUCUUCCGAGGCUUCAACCGAUACAAGUGGUCUCGUGCUACUUCAGUCCAAUCCCACCGCCGUGACGACGAGCAUGACUAGUGAUAGCUCGUACUCUUCCGAGGCUUCAACCGAUACAAGUGGUUCUGCGACCCCCCGGGCCGCCAGUACCAAUCCAACCCCGCAAACUACUUCCACAUCACCACCCGGCUUGAACGCUCCGGAUAACUCACAGGGUGAAGACAUAGAUUGCGUCUUAUUCGAUUCAAACGCCUACAUUGGGUCACCCACAAUCAAUUUUGACUCUGAAGAUGCGACUGGAGCAACAAACUUGACUCCCGACGACACGUUCCAACCACAGCGACCACCGUCUGCAGUGGCUUACCCGCAAAUGACCCAGGCAAGGAGGCGUGAGCGUGUCACCCAUUUCGGCCCUGGCACGGUAGUAGGUUCCCCCACUAUCAACAUCCGAUCUAAGCGUGUUUCUGGUGCCAUGGAUACAGUCGUUCCUAGUCGCAAACAAAACUACUGAACGCCUGAAGAUGACAUCGUGGAGAGUGUUGUGGUUAUUAUAGAUUAUUAGCGACCGCCGUGUUGAUAGUUUUGCACGUAAACUUGUAUAAUCGAUUACGGGUCUGUCUUGAACUUGGUAGUUUUCAGAAUGUGACAUAGCUUAUUUAAUACGAAUGUGGGGUCCUUCAAACUUGGCAGCUGGAUGAGGCGAGUAAAGGUAAUUCAUAACAAUUGAUGAUAAAUUAUGAUUUGUCUCGACUCUCGUAGAUCUAUGGCACCUCAAAGACGGAGGGUAAAUUUACUCAAGAAGUCACAAGGCACAGGUAAUCGCUUGCCUAAAGAUAGAGAUUGUUCAAUUGAUAGGCA